UUUCACCAUCCAUCAUCAAGUUUCACACUUCCGCCAUCAAGUUUCACACUUCCACCAUCAAGUUUCACACUUCCACCAUCAAGUUUCACACUUCAACCAUCAAGUUUCACACUUCCACCAUCGAGUUUCACACUUCCACCAUCGAGUUUCACACUUCCACCAUCAAGUUUCACACUUUCACCAUCAAGUUUCACACUUCCACUGUAG